GGGGACGUGGCCCAGGUGCGACCAUCAACGCGCAUGGGAUCUUCCGAGCAUUUUUUCCCGUAACGGGUGGGCUUGAAGCUGGUUGACAAUCAAUCAGCUUGAAUCCGCAACACCAGUAGUCGCCAUGAGUCUUCCUACGAGGCGGUUAGCCUCUGCCGCUCCCUCGACACUCCAAGCCAUCACCCGACCGAUUCCUCGAUCUUUUAUCCUACCCAUUCGACCAGCUACUCAAAUCCGAAGCAAAUGGACCCUCGGCAGCAUCUUCGGCAGCCGUCGCGGCAGGAAAGCCAAAUCUUCCGAUGAUAUGAUGGGCGAAAACCUCGACGACCCCAAGGUCCGCGAACGUUUUGCCGAGUCACAACAGCCCAAGAUGUCCAGCUCAAUCUUCGAGGAGGAAGUCGACGAUGUCGUCGCGGACGCCAAGAAGGGCGGCUCCCAGGCCCAAGCUGCCCAGGCAUCGGUCAAGACACCAGAGACGAUGGCGUGGCGCCUCGACCCCGAUCCGCGAGCUCGUCUCCGUUGGGAGAGAAAGAAGGUCAUUCAGAUGGUGCACAAAAACGGCCACGUCACCCGUGACGAGCGUAUCGCGCAGACCGAGAAGAAGCUGUCUCACAAGAGCCCCUUUUUGGAGACCAGCGUCAAGAAGCUCGUGCAUCUCGCGCGCCAGAUCCAGGGCAAAUCCCUCGAAGAGGCCGUUCUGCAGAUGUCGUACUCCAAGAAGAAGAUGGCGGCCGAAGUCAAGUACCAGCUGGAGGAGGCUAGAGAUCUGGCUGUCGUCACUCGUCGCAUGGGUAUCGUCCGCAGUACCAAGGACUUCACUGGCAAGGAAAGGCAGCCCAUCAAAAUUCAGACCAAGGACGGCAAGAGCUUGACUAUCCCAGACCCGAGAAGGCUCUAUGUUGCUGAAGCCUGGGUUGGCCGAGGACCUUGGAGAGCCAAGGAACUUGACUACAAGGGCAGAGGCAGAUUCGGUAUCAUGCAGUCCCCCUCAACAAGCAUUUCGGUCGUCUUGAAGGAGGAGAAAACGAGGAUAAGGGAGCACACGGAGAAGUUGGCCAAGCAGGCGAGGAGAAAGCCCUGGGUACAUUUGCCUGACAGGCCAGUCACGGCCCAGAGACCCUACUACUCAUGGUAAAAACAAAGUCACAACGGGAAGACACGUAACCGGAAGUGCUUGGAAUACCAUCUUGUAACACACUCAAAACCUGUAAGAAUAUGUACAAUGAAAAGCUGUCAUAGAGUCUUUUACGCCAUCUUCGCUGCCAAUCCCUCUCACCUUACCGGUGCCUUUGGGUGUAUGUAUGCAAUAGAAAUAGGAUAUCCCGUG